AUGGAGGACGAGAUGGUGGCGAAGUGGUCGAAUUUGAAGAUUACGGCGGAAGAAGACGAUAUUGCUGAUUUGGGGGCCUCUAAUUCGGAGGCUGAUGGAAGCAAGAUUGCCCUGUCUCUUGUUGGUAAAAUUUUGACGGUUCUUGAUGGUGCGCCUUGGAAUUUCGAUAACCAAUUGCUGCUAUUGGGAGAUAUUAAUGGGGAUGAACAACCAGAAUCAAUCGAACUUAAAUACUUCCCUUUUUGGGUGCGACUCUAUAAUUUACCCUUGGACAGCCGGUCAAACUCGGAUGUCAAAAUCAUAGCUGAGAAGGUGGGGGUGGUUUUAGAGGUUGAAGAUGAUGAAUUGGGUUGGGAUAAGUCAAGAAGGGUUAGGAUUAUGGUGGACACUUCAAAGCCGCUGAGGCGGGUUCAAAAGAUCAGGAACAAGAAGGGGGAGAUUUCAAGCAUCCAAUUUAAGUACGAGCGUCUGUCAACGUUUUGCUUUUUGUGUGGAAUUUUGGGACAUACGGAGAAAGAUUGUCCUAAUAUUGCUGAAGAGGAUGAACCAGAUGAGAAGCAAUGGGGACUUUGGCUGAGAGCCUCACCGCGCAAGGGGAGAGGAAAGUUUAAGAAGGAGAUAGAUAGUAUACAUUCAGCACCUCAACGUAAACUUGUGUUCACGCAUAAACCUAUUGCUUUGCAAUCGCAAGCCACUGUGUUGAGUAACCAAAAGACAGACAAAGAGGUUGAGUUGGGUGAGGUGAAUAAAAUUGUAGACUACGCUUCUGAGUGGCUGAAAGGAGCUAUCUGCUCAAGGGUUGGAGGAUGUGAGUGUUGA